AUGUUGAGCCUACUAAUCAUAACUCUGCUGUUCUAUCAGUCUUCUAAUUUCUACUCUGUAGAAUCAUCUUACAACUUCUCUUUCCCUUCCUUCGAUUCUGGGAGUUGUGCUAAUGGGACUGGCAAUUUGAUCUGUUGGGGUUCUGUCACCGUCGACAAUGGGACUCUUAACAUUACCCCUGACUUGCCGCAAAACAACUCCAAGAAAGUUGGGCGGGUUUUGUACCGGCAACCGGAGUGCGUGUGGCCGGCUUCGUUUUCCACGGCGUUCACGGUGAGGAUCUUGGCGAACUCGUCGGAUUCCGGCGAUGGGAUUGCCUUCUUGAUAGCUCAGGAUGACGGCGCAUCCCCGCCGGACAGCUAUGGUUCUUUCAUCGGGAUUCUCGAUCCAUCUACUGAAGGUGGUGGUGUGCACCAACUUGCCAUAGAGCUAGACACGUACAAGAACGAACACGAGGCCAACGGCAACCACAUCGGAAUUGUGACCACCAGCGUGGAGGAACCUGUGGUAUCCCGGAGCCUGAGCGACAUCGGAAUCGACCUCAAGUCCGGCAAAGACAUCACCGUGAAAAUCGACUACGACGGGUGGGUCAAGAUGCUACAAAUCUCCGUGGCCUAUUCCGGCGAGCCCCUAAUACAAUUCCUCAACGAGAAAAUCAUCCUACAAGACACAGUCCCGCAAAACGCGUACGUAGGAUUCUCAGCCUCCACUGCCUUCUUCUCGGAGACCCACCAAGUCCUCAACUGGAAUUUCACGCUGCUAGAACUUCCCCAAGACUCUCUCCACUCCGGACCACAGAAAAGGAAGAAGGUGGUUUUCCUGUCGGUUUUCGUGCCAUUAACGUUUGUGUUUGUUUGUUUGGGUUUGGGAUUUUUUCUCACGGCCGAGAUGAGGAGGAGGAAGAGAAAGAAGAGGAUUGGGAGGCAAGAAGACAUUGAAAUGCUGACACGAAACGCGGCGAAUGUGCCCAAGUUUUUCAGGUUCCGGCAGCUUGCUAAGGCUACUAAGAAUUUCAGCAAAGAGAAUAUGGUGGGAAGUGGAGGGUUUGGGAGUGUUUACAAAGGGGUUUUGUCUGGAGAUCAUCCCCCUACCACCGUCGCCGUCAAGAGGAUUAACGCUACAUCUCAUCAAGGUGAAAGAGAGUAUCUGGCUGAAAUAUGCACAAUAGGGCAAUUGAGGCAUAAAAACCUGGUGCAGUUACAAGGUUGGUGCCACGACAGAGAACAACUUUUGCUAGUGUACGAGUACAUGCCGAAUGGCAGCCUAGACCGCUACAUAGGCAACAACAUCUUUCUAAAUUGGGAAACUAGGUUCAAGAUCCUGUCGGGACUAGCAUCGGCGCUGCUCUACCUCCACGAAGAAUGCGGCAGCCCGGUGGUGCACCGCGACGUCAAGCCUAACAACGUCAUGUUGGACUUAGACUACACGGCCCACCUCGGUGACUUCGGCUUGGCUAGGCUGCUCCACCCAGGCCAGGGCGAGGGCCAGGACGAGGCGUCCGUCACCACCAUGGUGGCCGGGACCCCCGGGUAUCUAGCUCCGGAGGUUAGCUACACUGGGCGGGCCACUCCGGAGUCAGAUGUCUACAGUUAUGGGAUGGUGGUUCUGGAAACAGUGUGCGGAAGACGAUCCAAAGGAAUCAUGGAGGAGAACAGCCUGGUGGACAUGGUGUGGCGAUCGUACGAGGAAGGCGCCGUGCUGUCAGUCGUGGAUUCCCGGCUGCAGGACGGGAAAUUCGAGGAAGAGCAGGCGAGACGAUGCCUGAUCGUGGGACUGGCGUGCUUGCAUCCGGAUCGGUUUUUCCGACCAAAGAUGAGGAAAGUUGUGCAGAUUUUCUUGAACCACGAGGAGCCAUUGAUGCAAAUACCAGAAUGUCGGCCCAGUGCCGUGUGUGUUUCUUGGUGUUCAUCGUCGUCGUCUUCCACAACCACCGGUGUCGGAUAUGCAAAUACUCCGAUGAGUGCGGCGGCAGCGGCUUCCAAUUCCUUGCAGGGUCCGACUCCUGAUGUUGUUACAAUCUCUUACCAUGCUUGA